GAUUAAUGCCAGACAUCAAGUGUGUCUGUUCUCUCUCCUUCCCAUUUCUUCAGGGAGAAACCCAGUCUGGAAGACAACAGCAUCUUCUAGGCAUUUCAAUUCUGCAGCGCUAUUACUGAGGAAUCAUUCUGAGGUGAAAACAGAGGAACAAGACUCCACAGGUCCCAAAUCAGGGAAGGUAUCAGAGGGGAGAGAAAAAUCUCUUCGCAUCCUUCACGCUGAGAAGAUGAAACAAUUCCUAGAAACGAGACCGGGUGAUUUGAUGCACCAGCAAGCAGGGGAGGGUUCCCUUUCUCUUGCACGCUGGGAAGCCCAGUGGCAGGAGUUCCUCAGGACAGUGGAAAACCCUCACUCUGGAUGGGGAAUCCCCCCCUUGCCAGAGAAACCUUCCGCCUGGGAGGAUGCCAAGGCCUUUCUGGCCUCGUUUGAGCAAGUGGCUGAAGCCUGUCAGUGGCCAAAGGAAGACUGGGUGAACCGACUCCUGCCGGCCCUUAGUGGAAAAGCUGAGAAGGCCUUUAGCAGUCUUGAUGCCAGAGACAGAGAGGAUUAUGGGAAGGUGAAGGCAGUCAUCUUGAGAGAGGAAGCCCUGAGCCGGGAGAAGCAGCGUCAGCAGUUCAGGCACUUCUGCUACCAGGAAGCUGAUGGGCCCCGGGGAGCUUACACAAAACUGCGAGAAAUGUGCCGUGGAUGGCUGAGAGUGGAAAAUCACAGCAAGGAGCAGAUUCUGGAGCUCUUGAUCCUGGAGCAACUGAUGAGCAUCCUGCCCCAAGAGAUCCAGAGCCAGGUGAGGGAAAGCAGCCCUGAGAGCUGCUCCCAGGUGGUGGCCCUGGCCGAGGAGUUCCUCUUGAGGCAGAAGGAGCAGGUGCCCUUAGAAGAGUUGGCUGGGAGCAUCUCUGAGGCAGGCCAGGCUCCGUCUGAGAGAGAGUGGAGGCCGCUCCCAAUGGAAGUCAAGGAAGAGGAGGAUGGAGAGGCAUGCCUGCUGGCAGGAAGUAUAGGCGAGUCAGCCAGGGAAUUAGAGGGGUUGUCCUUCAGGGAUCCAGAUGGAAUCAAGAGGAAGGAGGUAACUGGCACGGACAAGAAGAGGGGCAAACCCAUGCCUAGCCUAGGAGGAGGCUUCUGUGAAGUCCCAGUCCAAGAAGAAAGUCCAACUGAAAAGGGAAGGAAUAAAGGUCUCCUUGCUAACCCAAGAAUCCACUACACGGAAAAAGAAAAUGAAAGUGUGUUGUUUGGAAAAACCUUUAGUCAAAGCAGAAACAUUAUCUUGCAGGAACGAAUUGCAUCAGGGGAGAAACUGUACAGUUGCUUGGAGGAUGGAAGGAGCUUCAGUCAGAGAAUGGCGCUUACUUCUCAUCAAAGAAUUUACACAGGUGAUGAUCAGGAGAAUAAGGAACAUGAGGAACUGCAUCGGUUCUCCCCAGAUAAAGCCAAGCCUCAAGAUCUGAAAGGAAACAUCAGGAAUCACGAUGAAUCUAAGAGGAAGGCGGAAAGCCACAUUGUCAAGAAGAGGGAUGAGCAGGCGAUUGCAGUGAAUGCAGGGGAUUGCAGUGAAAUAAUUCACAUAGUGGAGGAAACAUACAAGUGCUUGGAGUGUGGAAUGAGCUUUUCCGAUCAAACCCAAUAUAAUAUUCAUUUGCGAGUACACAGUGGGAAAAAGAUCCAUAAAUGCUCGGACUGCGGGAAAAGCUUCCUUUGCAGGGCAGAACUCCUUAGACAUUACCGAAUCCACACAGGCGAGAAACCGUUUGGCUGCUCCGAGUGUGGCAAGAGCUUCUCGCAGCGAACCAACCUUAUUCAACACCAAAGAAUCCAUUCAGGGGAGAAGCCAUAUAAAUGCUCAGAGUGCGGAAAGAGGUUCAGUCGGUGCAGCGAUGUCCAGCGGCAUCAAAGAGUCCACACGGGGGAGAAACCUUUUGAAUGCUCAGAGCAGAAAGAGAUUCAUUCAAAAAUCAAGCCUUCAACAUCAUCAAAGAAUUCACACAAGAAACAGCAUAGAUUCAUAGGCCUGUAACAAGAGCUUUUCUGCUAUUUCACACCUUAAAGACAGCCACAGACUCCACAAAGGGUUGAAACUGUAUGAAACAUUGGAAAAAGUUUGCACGUGCA